AUGUAUGGCAUAUAUAACCCGGCUCGGAUCGCCGCACGCGUGCCCACCAAAAAGUACAAACAGGUGCAGUUCAAGUUGCGCCAGCUCGGGAUGGAAUGCCGGAAGGAGGCCCAGUGCGCGGACAUGAAAGUCAUGCGGUUCGUCAAUCUCAAUGAGAUGAACGACUUGUUCCUGGCCGGCGGCACCAAGCCCAAGGACGUGAUGGUCAAGUGGAUGGACUACCUGGAGACGUUCUACAACAAGCAACCGUCCCAGUUUGACAAGUUCAAACUUUUUUCCAGCGCGUUUCUGAUCAUGUCUGAGUGUACGCCGCCUCCGAAGACGGUCCCGGACGCCUCAAACAACGUUAUAGACUUCAGGAAGGUGUAUUAUUUCCUGUACCGUGUUUUCAACAACUAUUACGUGGGGAAAAAUCACAAAGACGCCAAGAUAACGACCUACCUGCACGAAAUGUUCUUGCGCGUGUUGGAGGACAUUGAGUACUCAUCCGACGAGGAGAAAAUCGCCAUGUACAACAUAGUGUCCAACUGGACCAGUGUCAACAGAGAUAAGUCGCUGAAAGUGUAUGGGAAACCGGCUGGAUGCGAAAAGGAAGAACCACCACAAUCAUUGGACAUCAAACCGACUUUGAAGACGCCCGGGUUCAAGGUGUUACAGAAUCCAAUGAUUCCAAGUUUCAAUCCACUCCACAUCCGGUCCAACACACCGUUGUAA